AUGAGUUUGAAUUACACGGAGCCCGUGGAACAAUUGUUCCUGGAUCUCCCUUUGCAAGACGUGAUCAAUGAUACCGCCGGGAUGCCGGUCACCGAACCUUGGGCUAGCGAGUACGUCGACGCCAUACGCGAUGGAAGGUUCGGCGACGCUAUAUGGGCGCGCUACCAUAUAGCAGGGGAUAUGCAGAAUGGUAUUAUCGAGGGCACGAACAUAACAGUGCUUGAGAGUAUUGAGGAAGAUGCGGUGGGGUAUAGGCUGGACGCUCCAGAGGCCUAUGCUGAGGCUCUAUCACUCUACGCAAACACGAGCAGCGCGGAUGGGCACACCGACGUGAUAGAGAUCAUUACGCGCAUUGGUCACGAAGACAUUGCUGAACUUGAGACACGUACUACAUACUCUAUCCGUUGCAGUACAAAUUACCUUGCCUACGCAUCCAGCUGCGUCUCCCUACUUGAGAAUAUGUCUAAGCAGAAGAUAGCGAUAAGUCGCACUCGAGCUGUUGCGAGCUAUGGGAAUUGCAGGAUGAGGGUUGUACCAUAUGGUUCUGGAGCCGAUCUAACAUACUACACCGCUCAUGCGGUGGGCCGACUGAUCGAAGAAGAGUGUUCAUACGUGCCAGCAUGUUGCAGCUAUUUAACUGUCUCGGGUUACUCACCGAAGAAUUCCGGACACCGCAAGGUAUGCCUCAGCAGCAAGAACACAGGUUGUCAUAGCUAG